AUGUCGCUUGAUGUCGGAGACGUUGACGCGUGGAUAGACACUUUAUCGCAGUGUAAACAACUAUCAGAAUCUGACGUUAAAUUGCUUUGUGACAAGGCCAGAGAAAUCCUUAUCGAAGAGUCUAACGUACAGCCCGUUAGAUGCCCAGUCACUGUCUGUGGUGAUAUCCACGGCCAAUUCCACGAUUUAAUCGAGUUGUUUAGAAUCGGUGGCAAUUCCCCUUCCACUAACUAUCUUUUCAUGGGCGAUUACGUUGAUAGAGGUUACUACUCAGUGGAGACAGUCACCCUCCUCGUUGCUUUGAAACUCCGCUAUAGAGAGAGAAUCACUAUCUUGCGCGGUAAUCACGAGUCAAGACAGAUUACUCAGGUCUAUGGCUUCUACGAUGAGUGUCUCAGGAAAUAUGGAAACGCAAAUGUUUGGAAAUUCUUCACCGAUCUAUUUGAUUACCUCCCACUCACCGCUUUGAUUGAUAACCAGAUCUUCUGUCUCCACGGCGGUCUAUCCCCUUCAAUUGACACCCUCGACCACAUACGCUCCAUUGACCGCAUCCAAGAAGUUCCUCACGAGGGCCCGAUGUGUGACCUCCUCUGGUCCGAUCCAGACGACCGCUGUGGCUGGGGUAUCUCCCCUCGUGGUGCUGGUUAUACUUUCGGCCAAGACAUUUCUGAAGCUUUUAACCAUUCAAACGGCCUCACCCUCGUAGCACGUGCUCACCAACUCGUCAUGGAAGGUUACAACUGGUCCCAAGACAGAAACGUCGUCACUUUGUUCUCUGCACCAAAUUACUGUUAUAGAUGUGGUAACCAAGCUGCGAUUAUGGAGAUUGAUGAGAAUCUCAAGUACACUUUCUUACAAUUUGACCCAGCACCAAGAGCUGGUGAACCAAUGGUGUCUCGAAGAGUUCCGGACUACUUCUUAUAG